GGUUACUUUGAUAACACUGUGAAGCAAAUUUGCUUCCUGUCCUAUGGAAGAAAGAUGCUGGAAGCAGCUUUGUUGAAGAAUGCUCAACCAGAGUCAAGCAGGCCUUACUCCACUCGCUGUGUGAGACCUCCGACUACUAAAGGUGGAGAGUUCUCGAGUUCAAGGACUCAGACUUGCUAUUCAGCGUGAUGAGAAAGAGCUGAAACAGCUGGAAAAGAAUCUCAAUUUUUGGAAAAAGAAGGACAAAACUAGCUUGCCUUCAUCCUUUGUCAACGAUGGACUAGUCUACAUUUUGGAUGCCACCGACUCUGAUAAGAUCAAGACAUUUGAAGAUGCAGUCCCAGGAAUUGAGGGUCUUGGAGCAUCAGACACAGAGUCUCCUUCAGAGUCUGAGGAGUACAACUCUGAUGAGGAGGAUCAGUCCGAAGCAGGGCCAGGCCCUGGGUGGGAUCCUACUGCGAAGGCAGAAAAGUCCAUCCUCAAAGUGAAGAAGGAUCAAAAGAAAAAUGAAAAGUCUGUGAAGUUCAAUGUUAAUGAACCUGAUACAGAUGAAAGUGACCCUUUUGAAGACAAUUUUACAGAUACUGAAUUUGGUGGUGGAGGAGAAGACGUUAGUGAUGAUGAAGAAGCGGAGAUGGAGGAGGAGGAAGAAGAAGAAUUGGGUGAUGAUGAUGAUGAAGAAGCGGAGAUGGAGGAGGAGGAAGAAGAAGAAUUGGGUGAUGAUGAUGAUGAUGACAUGGCCGAGGAACAUGAAGGCGAUGUGGAGGAUGUGGAAAGUAAAUCUUUAAAGAGAAAGAGGGGUGAAAAUGAAGAAGAUGAUUCUGAGCUCAAGGAGGACAUCUACGGAAGACUGCGGGAUAAGCAAGGAAACAUUGUCAAACCUGGUCACAUUGGCACAGACGUCCCACCAGCGAAGAGAGCAAUGAUGGCUGGUAGUCAGGGAAAUGAGCAACUGAGAAAGAAAUUGAAGGGUUUACUGAACAAAGUCAGUGAAGGUGCAAUGCAAGCUAUCAGUUCACAAGUGGAGGCUCUGUACUUGGAUAACAGCCGUGCUGAUGUUAACGAGACCAUGACCUCUUUAAUCAUGGAAGCUAUCGUGACUCCAGUGAUCACCCCUGAGCGACUAGUGGCUGAGACAGCCAUGUUCAUAGCCAUUCUUCACAGCAAUGUUGGGACAGAAAUUGGUGCUUACUUCAUCCAGACAGUUGUCAAAAAAUUUGAUGAGCUUCUUCAAGAAGUAGAUUAUGGCGCUGGAAAAUUACUGGACAAUGUGUUGCUAAUCAUUGCAAGCAUCUACAAUUUCAAGCAGUUGGAUUCAGUCUGUGCAAAGAUGAUCCAGUGAGGUUGAAACAGGCCAUACUUGAUAUCCAGGCAAAGGCAAGGAUUAUUGAAAGCUCAGCAGAAGUGGGCAUGCAAGCACGCAUACGUUUCGUGCUGGAUGUUUUGGUGGCAGUCCGUAACAACAACUUGAGGAAAAUUCCAAGCUAUGACCCUUCUCAUAUUGAGCACUUGCGAAAAGUCGUCCGAAAUUUUCGGAAAGGUAUUGCAUUGAUUUCCUCUCAUAUUACAAUGAGGAAACGGAAUCUUUCUUCUUAGACCUCUCUGCACCUUUUUCUUGGUUGCAGAUUAGAAAAAUUUCCAUUUUUAGACAUGCAUGUUUGCUGACAAUCGUCUGAAAUCCGACAAUCGCGACCCAACCCGCGAGCCGGCCGAUGCUAUCGCUAGGCCUACCUGUACACUGUAUAAGUCAAUGUGCGAAGUGCGAGGCCUGGCCGACUGCCAGCGCCCCCUUUUUCUCCCGUCGGCUUUGUCGGCACUUUCGUUUUCGUGCGCAUGCCGACGUCGGCAUUUCCGACAUGACUGUCGGAACCUGAGUAGAAAUACGAGUACGAAAAAGGACGACGACCUAAAUUAUCUACUUUCAGUUUUGUGCUAGAGCGGCCAUUUUGAAUUUUGUUUGUUGACUGUUCAUGUGGAUUCAUUGUUAGAUUGAGUCCGACUUACUUGUUCUAGAUCUAGAUAUAGAUUUAUAGACCAUAAUAGACCUCAAUGGGGGAUUCAUAUUCCAAUUCUAUUGUGUCAAAUCCUAUUAUAGGUUGUGCUGUAAUAUUAAUGCUGGUAAAAAGCCUU